AUGGCCUCGGAAUACACCGUUAUGCAAGGCGGAAAUAUGAGCUCGAAAGCCCUACCAAUUUGGAGCGUAUUUGGUGGCAGUGAAGUUGAUGUGCAUGGCAGUAGUAGAGUUCGGUUUGAUCAGAGUGGAUGCAUAGCUUUGCGGGUCGCGGCUCUCGGCUCAGCUCCUGGCAGGGCUCUUCGCCAGUCCUCGGCCAAGACUCUCGCCAGGACUCGUGCCGAGGACCUUCGCCCAGCGCCCCUUUCCCCCCAAGCUAACCCCGCCCUUCCCCCAGCUUCCCCCCGCGUGGCGGAGGUGCCCGGCGACCAGGAGGUGGAGGAGGGCGCGCCGCUGACCCUGUCGUGCGCCGUGCAGGGCUUCCCGGCGCCGCUCGUGUACUGGACGCGCGAGGGCUCGCAGACGGUGCUGCCGGCCGCCCGCGCGCCCCUUGAGGGCGGCCUGGCGGGCCUGGCCAGCGCCAACGAGGAGGAGGACGCCCACCUGGAGGCGGUGCGCAUGGCGUACCACGUGCCCCGCGCCGCCCACCACCACUCAGGCCGCUACAUCUGCGGCGGCGUCAACUCUGCGGGCGGCGUCAUGACCCGCGUGGCCGUGCGGGUGCGCCCCGCCCACCUGCUGCCGCCGCCCAUCAUCUCCGUGCCGCCCGCCAACCAGACGCUGCCCGAGGGGGGCCACGCCGCCCUCACCUGCCGCGUGUGGGGGUCGCCGCCCCCCACCGUCACCUGGAGGCACCGCGGGCGCCUGGUCACCGCCACGGCGCGACGCAAGCUGCUGCAGGACAACACGCUCACCAUCGAGGACCUGGCCUUCGGCGACGGCGGCGAGUACGCGUGCGUGGCGGCGUCUCCGCGCGGCGUGACGGAGGCGCGCGCCCUGCUGCAGGUGGCGUCGCCCACCGCGCCCGGCGUCGUGUUCCUGCGGGCCCCCCGACACCGCGCCCGGCCCGCCGCCCACGCCCACGGUGCGCGCCAGCAAACGGCACGCGGCGGUGGUGACGUGGGAGCCGCCGGCGCGGGGGGCGCCUCCCCCGUCACGGGCUACACGCUCGAGUCCUACAGCAGCUCGGAGGCCGUGUGGCGCGUGGCGGCCGCCCUCACGCCCCUCACCGCCUUCACGCUGGCGCCCCUGGACCCCGCAGAGGCCUACGGGGUCACCGUCCGCGCCCACAACGCCCACGGUGUGUCCGAGCCGUCGGGCAUCGCCGAGGUGGGCGGCGGCAGGGGCGGCUGGGCGCAGGAGAGGGCGCAGGCCAAGGGCGAGGGGCUGGCCGGCCUGCAGGAGUCGCGGGUCACGCUGCAGGACGCCGUCCUGACGGGACCCACGUCCGCCAAGAUCCUGUGGCAGCAGUAA